AUGCCUUUAGUAAAGAGGAACAUUGAACCUAGGCACCUCUGCCGUGGAGCUCUUCCUGAAGGAAUAACUAGUGAACUGGAAUGUGUCACCAACAGUACCCUUGCUGCUAUUAUACGGCAACUAAGCAGUCUGAGCAAGCAUGCUGAAGACAUAUUUGGUGAGUUGUUUAAUGAGGCCAACAACUUCUACAUCAGAGCAAAUUCUCUUCAAGACAGAAUUGAUCGCCUUGCUGUCAAAGUUACCCAGCUGGAUUCAACAGUGGAAGAGGUAUCAUUACAGGAUAUCAACAUGAAAAAAGCAUUCAAAAGUUCGACCAUACAGGACCAGCAAGUUGUUUCAAAGAACAGCAUUCCUAAUCCAGUGGCUGACAUCUACAAUCAGAGUGACAAACCACCUCCAUUGAAUAUUCUUACACCGUAUAGAGAUGAUAAGAAAGAUGGUUUGAAGUUCUACACUGAUCCCUCCUAUUUUUUUGAUCUUUGGAAAGAAAAAAUGUUACAAGAUACAGAAGACAAACGAAAAGAGAAGAGGAGACAAAAGGAGCAAAAGCGUAUAGAUGGCACAACCCGUGAGGUGAAAAAGGUUAGAAAAGCCAGGAACAGGCGCCAGGAGUGGAAUAUGAUGGCAUAUGACAAAGAGCUUAGACCUGACAACAGGUUGUCUCAAAAUGUGUACCAUGGAGCAUCUUCAGAGGGAUCACUGUCCCCAGAUACUAGGUCCCAUGCAUCCGAUGUUACCGAUUAUUCUUAUCCUGCUACUCCGAAUCAUUCCCUCCACCAGCAGCCAGUAAUGUCUUCAUAUGGAACAGGAGAUGGACCACAGUAUAUGGGUGUAAACCAGGGACUUGAACAUGAAUAUAGACCAUCUGCUACCACAGUGCGGCAUGCUACCUUAAACAGACCUCAACAACCACCUCCACCUCCACCCCAGGCCUCAGAUGGCCCACACAGCUCUGUACCUUUGGUACCAGCAGACUAUGGGAUGCUCCCAACUCAGAUGGUGGAUUAUUAUAAUCCUACUGGACCUCCCCCCAAUCCUCUUCCCCCUAUGAUUCCUUCAGCACAAACUGCUUUUGUUAGUCCUCUUCAACUUCCUGUGCCACCUUCCCAUUCUGGACUAGUGACUGGAUCUAUCUAUGCUGCUGCUGCUGCUCCUUCUCCUCCUCCUCCUUCUGGGCUUGUUGUUACAGCUUCCCCUCCCCCUGGCCCACCUCCUCCCCCACCAGGUCCUCCUGCUGCAGGUUCAUCUCUCACGUCCUCCCCGAUGCAUGCUUUUACAGUUCCUGAGGCAAAACGACAUGAAUCCACACAGCCGCCGAUCAGUGAUGCUCGAAGUGAUCUUCUUGCUGCUAUUCGAAUGGGAAUUCAGCUGAAAAAGGUACAAGAGCAACGUGAACAAGAAGCAAAGCGAGAACCUGUUGGAAAUGAUGUGGCAACUAUUCUUUCAAGGCGCAUUGCUGUGGAGUACAGUGAUUCUGAUGAUGAUUCAGAAUUUGAUGAAAAUGAUUGGUCAGACUGA